CCAGGGCCUGGGCAACACAUGCCACAGGGACAAACAAGGCACCUUCGCAGACUGCCAGAUCCCAGCCCCAUCGCCAUGUCCUUUCUGAUGCCCACCCUGCUUCUGCUGGUGCUGCCCCAUCUCGGAUCUGCAGAAUUCAACAUCUCCAGUCUCUCUGGCCUGCUCUCCCCAGCCUUGGCAGAGAGCCUUCUAGUCGCCUUACCGCCCUGCCAUCUCACAGGGGGCAAAGCCAGUCUGACUGUCAGGAGAGUCAAUGAAAGCGCAGGAAUGACGCACAACUUUACGGUCCCCCCCUGCCGAGCGCGAAGGGACCUGGUGAGUGUGGUGUACAACAGUGGAAGCUUCUCCAUCACCCGACUCAGUGCCUACCAAGUCACCAACCUGAUACCCGGCACCAAAUAUUUUGUCUACUAUUCGGUGGAGAAAGGGACCGCUGUAGAGUCCAGUAACAAAGUCCAGAUGGCCACACUGCCUCGCCGAAAAGUGGAGACCCUGGGGCUGGGCAUGGCCCGAACAGGGGGCAUGAUCGUCAUCACGGUGCUGCUCUCGGUCGCCAUGUUCCUGCUGGUGGUGGGUUUGAUCGUCGCUCUGGCCCUGGGUGUCCACAAAUGAGCCCUGGAGGUGGAGAUGGAGCAGCACGCACUCCCUGUGCAUUGGGGUUGUCCUCCCCCCAACCUUGCGUCUGACAGGCCUUUCUGGUUCCCCGAGGCGGCCCUCUCUUCACCUCACCCCUACUUUUCUCCCCCGGAUCUCUCUUUCCCUCCCAUGUAGCUCUCCUUCAGUCAGGCCAAAAGUAUGCCAAGCACCGAGCUAAAGGGUGGGGAGAUGGAAACUAGAUAAAUUCGCAGGAGUUUACAAUCUACGAAAAUGCCCUCCCUGACCUGAGAUCCUUCGCAGUCUUCUAAUAGGAUCUUAGAACUGAGAAGGAAAUGAAGUCCUCUGGUCCUCCCUUGUAGCCCCUCCUGGCUCCCUCCCCUCUCCCCAGCGGCUCCCUUCCUAGAUCAGAGCCCCGUCCUCCUCACCCUGCAGCUGAUUUCCUGUAAUAAAGUCUAGAAGUGGCG